AUGGAUACAACUACUAGUAUUGAAUCAUCACCUGCAUCUACAGAAGAUACUAUACAAUUAGACACAUCAAUAGAACAAACAUCAUCACCAAUUAGACCACAGAGCCAACAAUUUAUGCAAAACCACGAUCUCCAAUUUGAUAAUCUCAAUCGACCGCCUUCAGUCAAUGAUAAUAAAUCAAAAUAUAUUCCAAAUACAGUAUUGCCUUGGUCAAAUUCAAAUACAUAUUAUGAUUAUCAAUAUCCACCUCCUCCACCAGCUGUAUUUUAUCAGUAUCAAAAUCUGGAUAAUUCAUACGAAUUAAAUCGACCUGCAUUAUGUCUUACAAAUAAUGAUAAUAGUUUAAAUUCACCGGAAAUGUACAGUUUCCAAACUGAAUCUACAACAUUUUUAUAUUCAUCACAAAAUGGAAACUAUUCAACUGAAAUGAUUGUUCAUGAUCAAGGUGGUAGUAGGAAUAGUUCCAGUCAAAAUAAUGUUCAAACAAAUCCAUGUCAAGAUAAAAAUGUGGUUUUAAUAAAUGGUGGAUUUCCAAUUUUAAGGAGUUCAAUACGAGAUCCUGAAAUGAAUUACCCAAAUUUACAAAUAUCAGAGAUUCAUCAACCAAUAAGUACUACUACUACAGGCCCUCCAGCAACAGCAAUGUCUGAUUUUCAAAGUGGAGUAAAUCAAAAUUUAACUUAUACUCCAGAUUAUAGAAUGGAAACACCACCACUACCUGCUAACCAACCUUUGAGACAACCAAAACCAUCAUUCAACGACAGUUAUUCACAAUCAAUUAAUAUUUCAAAUAGAAUUGUUAAAAAAUCAUCUAUUACCAAAUUAAACAACAGCUUAAAGAAGAAUUUAUCAAUUGCAAACACACCAAUUAAAUCAACAACCCCUAUUUCAAGUUCUAAUUCACCAAUAAAUAGAUUCCUACCACCUAGACGAUCUUUUUCGAAUACAUCAGCUUCAUCUUGUGAUUCUCCACCAAUUGUCUUGAAACCACCACCAAGAACCAUGAUUAAGAAUUUAACAGUAAAGAAGAAGCCAAGUCUCAGAAAAUUAAACAGUAAACAGAGUAACCAGAAUUUAUAUGAAAAAAGAAUUGCUUUAAAUUUGAAUGAAAGAGUACCUGGAAAGAGUACAAAUCAACCGGAACAAGGAGAAUUGAGAAGUCAGUUGAUUUCCCAAAGUCUGCAAAUGAGUAAUAAUGUUGAUCCAAAUACAUCAUUAGGUGAAAUUGACGAAAGAAAUUCUUUACCUACAUUAAAUAUAAAUGAAACACCAUCAAUGAGAAAAGUAAGCACUUCAUCGAUUGAUACAUUUGAUACAACAAUAAGUGAAGAUGAAAUGAUUCAAGAUAAGACUUAUGAAGAUUUUGUGAUUUUAAAUAGCGAAGAUUCUGAAAUCAUACCAAUCAGGGGCCGCCCAAAAACUACUUCUCCUAAAGUUAUACCUUCAAAACCUUCAAAACCUAAAAUUGAAAAAGUUGAUGAAAAUGGGAAUGUUACAAAACAUAAAAGAAAAAGAACACUACCUAGAUCAAAACAUGGUUGUUGGAUAUGUCGAAUUAAGCACUUAAAGUGCGAUGAACUGAAACCUGAAUGUAAUAAUUGUUCAAGAUAUGGUUUAAAUUGUGAAUAUAGUUUAGAAAAGCCAGAUUAUGUGAUUAAUGAAGUAUUCAGAGCUGAAAAAAUGGCUGAGAUAUCGAGAUUGAGAAAAGAAUUUCAAUCAAGAGCGAAAAAGAGAUCCGAAAACAAAAUUAAAUAG